AUGGACAAACCCAUUGCCGACCACUGCGAGGCGGCGCUCGACAACGAUGCCGACCUCAAGGCCAACCUUGUCGUGUCGGCAAAGGAAUUCAAUGGCGACGUCAACCUGAUGCCCGACGAUGGCACGUCCUACCUGAUCCCGGCGCCGAGUCAGGAUCCGCGGGACCCUCUCAACCUGCCGCUAUACCGAAAGCUGAUCCUCCUGGGCGUCGUCUCGCUCUUCAGCUCCAUUGGCCUCACCAUGGUGAGCGGUCUGCGAUGGUCUGUCUCGCAUACUGACGGACACGGUCAGGGCGGCAUCCUCGGCAUCUUUAUCCCCGAAUAUGUCUCGCAAGGCUACGGCGUUGCCGACAUCACCCACUUGAUGACCUACCCGACCCUGUUUAUGGGUCUGGGAAACCUCGUCGGCAUGCCCCUCGCCCUGGCCGUCGGCCGCCGCCCCGUCUAUCUCGUGUCGUGCAUCAUCAUGGUCGUCGCCGGCGUGUUGUGUGUCACCCAAAAGUCGUAUUCGUGGCACCUGGGCGCCCGCAUGACCAUGGGCCUCGCGGCCGGGCAGAGCGAAGCCCUGUGUCCGCUCAUGGUCCAGGAAAUCACCUUUUUGCACGAGCGGUCGCGCUACCAGAUGGUCUUCUCGGCGCUCGGCAACAUCCUGACGACGGUGCUCGUGCUGCUCACGUCCUACAUUGCCGCCAGCAUCGGCGCAUCCGGCUGGUACGGCCUGCUGACGGGCCUGGCGGGGCUGGUCCUGGUGCUCAGCGUGCUCUUUGUGCCCGAGACCAAGUACGAGCGGCCCCUGGCGGCGUACCAGGGCCAGGCGACACAGGUGGGCGCCUUUGCCGGGCAGACGGCGGUCGGCGACGACGCCGAAUACGUGGUCACGCGCCUUAAAACGACCGACGAGCGCGUCCUCGACACCGGGUCCCGCACCGUGGCGCGCAUGCUGACCGUCAUGUUCUUCCCGGACAUGCUGUGGGGGUUUCUGCUCAACGGCCUGACGCUCGGCGUCAACGUCGCCAUUGGCACCACGUACGGCAACAUCCUGAGCGCCCCGCCCUACAGCUGGCCCGCCCAGAACAUCUCGUUUGCCAACGCCGGCCAGAUUAUCGUGUCCCUCCUCAGCCUCGUCGUGCUGGGCUGGGGCUCCGACGCGCUGGUCCGCUUCUUCGCCCGCCGCAACGGCGGCGUCCACCAGCCCCAGUACCGCCUCGUGCCGCUCAUCUUCCCCGCCAUCGUCGGCACCAUGGCCUCCAUCCUCUACGGCCAGGCCGCCGCCCACCCCCAGCACAUCCACUGGUUCGCCAUUGUCUUUGCGCUCAACGCCUACUACUUUGCCUUUCUCGGCGCCAACCAGUCCGCCAUUGUCUACGCCCUCGACGCCUACCCGACGCGCUCCGGCCCCGCGCUCGUCGUCAUCUGCGCCUACCGCGGCAUCCUCAGCUUCGGCACGUCCUAUGCGGUGCAGCCCUUGAUUGACCUGCGCGGCUACGACGGCGCCUUCUUGGUGUACGGCGUGCUGACGGGUGUCCUCGCCGCCCUGGGCAUUCCCAUCUACUUUUUCAGCGCGCGCAUCCGGGCGUACUGCACAAAGUAUACUAUGUAG